AUGAGAGUUACGUCUCGUCAGGAUGGAGAACUGGUGAGUCAUGAGGAUGUGGUGAUGAACGUGGAGGCUGGCUGGGACAUGUGCUGCCAGUUCAGAAGCUGGCUGAGGUGGGAGGAUGACCAGUCUGGAAUGCUGGCCGAGGUGGAUGACCACCAGUCUGGACGCUGGCUGAGGGCGUCUCUCCGUCACAUCACAACCUCCGUCACAUCACAACCUCCGUCACAUCACAACCCGUCACAUCUCAACUCCGUCACAUCACAACCUGUCACAUCUCAACUCCGUCACAUCUCAACCUCCGUCAUCUCAACCUCCGUCACAUCACAACUCCGUCACAUCACAACCUCCGUCACACCACAACCUCCGUCACAUCUCAACCUCCGUCACACCACAACCUCCGUCACAUCACAACCUCCGUCCAUCACAACCUCCGUCACAUCACAACCUCCGUCACAUACAACCUCCGUCCAUCACAACCUCGUCACACACAACCUCCGUCACAUCUCAACCUCCGUCACACACAAUCCGUCACACACAACUCCGUCACACCACAACCUCCGUCACAUCUCAACCUCCGUCACAUCACAACCUCCGUCACAUCACAACCUCCGUCACAUCACAACCUCCGUCACACCCACAACCUCGUCACACCACACAACCUCCGUCACACCACAACCUCCGUCAUAUCUCAACCCGUCACAUCACAACCUCCGUCACAUCACACAACCUGUCACAUCUCAACUCUGUCCAUCUCAACCUCCGUCACAUCUCAACCUCCGUCACAUCUCAACCUCCGUCACAUCUCAACCUCCACACAUAUCUCAACCUCCGUCACAUCUCAACCUCCGUCACAUCUCAACCUCUCUGUCACAUCACAACCCUCCGUCACAUCUCAACCUCCGUCACAUCUCAACCUCCGUCACAUCUCAACCCCCGUCACAUCACAACCUCCGUCACAUCACAACCUCCGUCACAUCUCAACCUCCGUCACAUCACAACCUCCGUCACAUCUCAACCUCCGUCACAUCACAACCUCCGUCACAUCACAACCUCCGUCAUCUCAACCUCCAUCACAUCUCAACCUCCGUCACAUCACAACCUCCGUCACAUCUCAACCUCCGUCCACACAACCUCCGUCAUCACAACCUCCGUCACCCAACCUCCGUCAUCACAACCUCCGUCACAUCUCAACCUCCGUCACAUCACAACCUCCGUCAUCACAACCUCCGUCACAUCUCAACCUCCGUCACAUCUCAACCUCCGUCAUCACAACCUCCGUCACAUCUCAACCUCCGUCACAUCCAACCUCCGUCACAUCACAACCUCCGUCACAUCUCAACCUCCGUCACAUAUCAACCUCCGUCACAUCACAACCUCCGUCACAUCUCAACCUCCGUCAUCUCAACCUCCGUCACAUCACAACCUCCGUCACAUCUCAACCUCCGUCACAUCACAACCUCCGUCACAUCACAACCUCCGUCACAUCUCAACCUCCGUCACAUCACAACCUCCGUCACAUCUCAACCUCCAUCACAUCACAACCUCCCCUCAACCUCUGUCACACACCCAUCACAACUCCGUCAUCCACCUCGUCAUCUCAACCUCCGUCACAUCACAACCUCCCAUCUCAACCUCCGUCACUCAACCCCGUCACAUCUCAACCUCCGUCACAUACAGCCUCCGUCACAUCACAACCUCCGUCACAUCUCACCUCAUCAUCUCAACCUCCGUCACAUCCCAACCUCCGUCACAUCUCAACCUCAAUCACAACCUCCUCUUUAUUAG